UGUGUGUGUUUGUGCUGAGAGCUGGAGCAGAGAGAGGAGAGCGUGCCGGGCAGCGAGGGUGCAUGAGCCAGCCGCUGAGCAGCAGGAACUAGCCGCUGAGCAGCAGGAACUAGCCGCCGAGCAGCAGGAACUAGCCGCCGAGCAGCAGGAACUAGCCGCCGCCACCACCGCCAUGGCUAAAACGGGCUUCUGGUUGGCCCUCGCCUUCUUGUCGGCGCUCUGCACGGGCCGCUCGGACGCCUGGUUCUGGAACUGGGGGGGCGCCACAACCGAGGCCCCCCCCACGCCCACCGCCAGCGAGGGUUCGGGCGCCGGGCCGGCCUCCAGCGGAGAGGAGCCGGACGCCACCAUCGCCGGCGUGGGAGCGGAGAUCAUCGACGUGGCCAGCGGGAUCCGCAAGUUUGUGCAAACCUGGGACCGGGACCCGACCACCCCGCCGCCGCCCACUACGGUCGCCAAGCGACCGGGCGGCUCCUCGGGGGGAGCCAAGCCGGGUCACGGUGGCGUGUCCCUCCUGCAACUGAUCGGAGACCCGCCCCCCGAUGAGAUCACCAAGGUCUACGGCCCCGACAACAGCCCCGGCUACGUUUUCGGGCCGGAGGCCAACACGGGCCAGCUGGCCCGGGCCCACCUGCCCAACCCCUUCUUCCGGGACUUCUCGCUGCUCUUCAACCUGAAGCCCACCUCCCGCAAGGCCGGCGUCAUCUUCUCCAUCACCGACUCGAGCCAGCAGAUCAUGUACGUGGGCGUGAAGCUGUCGGCCGUGGCGGCGGACGGGAAGCAGCGGGUGAUCCUGUACUACACGGAGCCCGACUCGCUGGCCUCCUACGAGGCGGCCAGCUUCAGCGUCCCCUCGCUGCUGGACUCCUGGACCCGCUUCUCCAUCGCCGUGGCGGAGGACCGCGUCAGCUUCUACAUCAACUGCGACUCGGACCCGCAGGUGGAGCGCUUCGAGCGCUCGCCCGACGAGAUGGAGCUGAAGGAGGGGGCGGGCAUCUUCGUGGGCCAGGCCGGAGGGGCGGACCCCGACAAGUUCCUGGGCGUGAUCGGAGAGCUGAGGGUCACGGGGGACCCUCGAGCAGCCGAACGACACUGUGAGGAAGACGAAGAUGACUCUGACGUGGCCUCGGGAGACUACGGAAGCGGAUACGAGGACAGGAGGAGAACGGAAACGACGACUCGGCCAUCUCUCCGGCCCAUACAGCAGCCCCCGGUGACGAGGAGGACGCAGGCAGCAGUUGAAGAUCCUAGCCGGCGCAGAGAGGAGACCCGCCCUGUGGUACCAGGACAGCACGGUUCAAAGGGGGAGAAGGGCGAUCGAGGAGAAAAAGGCAAUCAGGGAGACCGAGGUCCCGCUGGGCCCAAAGGGGAUUCUGGGUCCUCCUCUGGGUCUGGGUCCAGGUCACAAGGGGGCGGAGCCCGAGGCGAGAAGGGUGUGCCUGGGGAGAAAGGAGUGAAGGGAACUGCCGGCUUCGGAUAUUCUGGCUCUAAAGGGGACCCUGGCGCCCCCGGGCCCCCCGGCCCCCCUGGGCCUCCGGGGCCCGCCGCGGAGGUGCUGAAGCGUGGGGACGGCUCAGUGGUGCAGCAGGUGACGGGGCCCCGAGGGCCGCCGGGGCCCCCAGGAUCACCUGGAACGCCAGGAACCGACGGAGAGCCAGGAGAUCCUGGUGAAGAUGGUAUCGCAGGUGCCGUGGGGCCCCCAGGAUUCCCAGGAAUCCCAGGAGAUCGUGGAUUUAAGGGAGAGAAGGGUGAACGUGGCGAUGGUCACCCAGGACCCCGAGGCCUUCCAGGCCCCCCCGGCCCCCCCGGGUCCUCUCGCUCAGACAGACCUACCUUUGUGGACAUGGAAGGGUCUGGAUUCGCUGAUUUGGAGAACUUGCGGGGCCUACAGGGUCUACCUGGCCCCCCUGGGCCUGCUGGGCCCCCUGGCCCCCCGGGGCCAUUAGGGCCCCACGGCUCUGGCUCACAUGGGUCUGGUGGAGGCCCCGGAACUCCUGGGCAGCCUGGAGCACCGGGUGCACCUGGUCCUCGUGGUUCUGAUGGACGUCCAGGAUCGUCAGGCAUCAAAGGAGCGAAGGGAGAUGCUGGUGAAUUGGGCCUUCCAGGACCUGCAGGGGAGAAGGGUGCACAGGGACUGCCCGGAGUACCGGGCCGGGCUGGAGAAGGUGGACUGGCGGGGCUUCCCGGGCCGAUGGGGCCUGUUGGACCUCCGGGGCCACCCGGUCCCCCUGGCAACGGGCUUAGUGCAGGCUUUGACGACAUGGAGGGCUCGGGUGUGUUCAAUGGGGUUCCUGGGGUGAGGGGACCCGAAGGGAAGCAGGGUCCCGCUGGCAGUCCUGGCUUUCCAGGCAAACCUGGUUUCCCUGGGAUUCCAGGUGAGAAGGGCAGAGAAGGACCUCAGGGAAGGGAUGGUAGACCAGGGUUAGACGGUUUCAUCGGACCACAGGGACCUAAGGGGGACAAAGGAGAGCGUGGAGAUCGGGGAGAUCCUGGUCGGGAUGGGGCAUCAAUCCCUGGACCCCCCGGCCCACCCGGUUCUCCUGGACAGAUCAUCUACCAGACCGAUCGGGAUGGAACCUUUGGAAACCCAGGAAAUCAGGGUGGACCUGGCAUUCCUGGUCAAGCUGGUUUCCCUGGCCCCAUCGGACCAAAGGGAGACCGAGGAGACCCUGGGCCCCAGGGCUAUGGAGUCAAGGGGGAAAAGGGGGAACCGGGCCUGAUCAUCGGGCCCGAUGGGAACUCUCUCCACUUCGGUGGAGGAGUAGGACAGAGGGGUGAAAGAGGACCUCCUGGACCAGUCGGACCACCGGGACCAUUCGGCCCUUCUGGCUUAAAGGGUGAAAUCGGGCUUCCUGGCAGACCAGGCCGUCCAGGGGUGAAUGGGUAUAAAGGGGAAAAAGGAGAAUCUGGCUACUCGCUUCCUGGUCCUGCGGGCCCCCCCGGACCUCCAGGCCCCCCCGGGCCAGAACUUCCUGUGGACAGGUUCAAUCGCUAUGACGAUGCACGGUUUUACCCAGCCACAAAGGGGGAUAAAGGUGACCGCGGAGAACCGGGCAUUCCUGGAACAGCAGGUCUGGGCUCUGACUUCGACAUUUAUACACUGAAGAGCCAGUUGAAAGGGGAGCAGGGAGAUCCUGGACUCAGGGGGGAGAAAGGAGAGCCGGGCGGUGGCUACUACGACCCCCGCUACGGCGGCGUUCAGGGCCCCCCAGGCGUUCCCGGAAACCCAGGACUGCCGGGACCGAAAGGAGACUCAAUCCCCGGCCCCCCGGGGCCACAGGGCCCACCAGGAAACCCAGGAGUUGGUUACGAUGGUCGCCAAGGGGCCCCAGGCCCACCGGGGCCACCAGGGCCCCCAGGGUCCCCCUCACUGCCAGGGGCCUACAGACCUAACCACCCUAUCAGUAUUCCUGGACCUCCUGGCCCUCCUGGCCCCCCUGGGAGUCCUGGACAUUCUUCAGGGGUGACGGUGCUGAGGUCGUACAACACCAUGCUGGCCACUGCGCGGAGACAGCAGGAGGGGACGCUGAUUUUCAUCGAGGACCGCGCCGACCUCUACAUCAGAGUCAGAGAAGGAAUCCGACAAGUCAUACUUGGGGAUUACCAGGCUUUCUCUAGAGAUCAGGAGAACGAGGUUGCUGCAGUCCAGCCGCCCCCUGUGGUCCACUACGAACCGGAGAAUAACCCCAACAGUGGCGCUGAGCGCUUAGCAAACAGUGGUCCUGAGAACCAGCCUCUCCAGCCCCCACCUCAACGCCCAGAGGUCCCCAACAGUGAGCCCAGUCAGCCAGAAAGUCAUUACCCCAAUCCCCACAACCCCUCUGACCACAAUCCCCACAACCCCUCUGACCACAAUCCCCACAACCCCUCCGACCACAAUCCCCACAACCCCUCCGACCACAAUCCCCACAACCCCUCUAACCCCAAUCCCCACAACCCCUCUGACCACAAUCCCCACAACCCCUCCUACCACAAUCCCCACAACCCCUCUAACCCCAAUCCCCACAACCCCUCUAACCCCAAUCCCCACAACCCCUCUAAUCCAGAUCCCAGAUACCCCUCUAAUCCAGAUCCCAGAUACCCCUCCCAGCCUGACCCACAGUACCCCUCCCAGCACGAUCCUAGACACCCCUCCCAGCACGAUCCUAGACACCCCUCCCAGCACGAUCCUAGAUACCCCACCCAUCCUGAUCCCAGAUACCCCUCCCAGCCUGAUCCACAGUACCCCUCUCAACCAGAUCCCAGGUACCCAUCCAAUCCGGACCCGCGGUACCCAGAGACCCGGCCCCAUCACCAUCCCCAGCACCGGCCAAGGCCCCCGGAGCCACAGCCUGCCGCACACGAGCACACGUCAGGUCCAGGACUGCACCUGAUUGCUCUCAACACCCCCCAAGUGGGUAACAUGCGCGGGAUCCGGGGCGCGGACUACCUGUGCUUCCAGCAGGCGCGCGCCGUCGGGCUCAAGGGCACCUUCCGCGCCUUCUUAUCGUCCAAGCUCCAGGACCUCUACAGCAUCGUGCGCAAGUCCGAUCGCGACAACCUUCCCAUCGUCAACCUCAGAGACCAAGUGCUGUUUAACAGCUGGGAGUCCCUGUUCAGCGAAGUGGGCGGGAAGAUGAAGGACGGCGUCCCCAUCUACUCUUUCGACGGAAGAGACAUCCUCAGAGACAGCGCUUGGCCGCAGAAGAUGGUAUGGCACGGCUCCAGCAGCAGGGGUCACCGGCAGACGGAUAACUACUGCGAGACGUGGCGCAUGGAGGAUCAGGUGAUGACGGGCAUGGCGUCCUCCCUCCAGGCUGGGCAGCUGCUCGAGCAGGCGGCCAGGAGCUGCUCCAGCCGGUACAUUGUCCUGUGCAUCGAGAACAGCUACAUCGCACAGUCCAAAAAAUAAACCCCGCCUCUUUCUCCACCUUAACCUAUCACAGCUGACCAAGCAGGGCCUCCCCACUUUAACCCCGCCCCCUCCAAACACACACACACACACAUGCCCUUUGAACUGGCUCUGCGACUCCUCCCUAGCAGAGACGAGGCUUCUUGUCUCCUCUUCCCCUCCGUAAUGCCAAAGAGAUGGAUCUAACAAAAAAGGCGUUUGCUCUGUCACGAGGCGUGGGCACAUAUUUCCUAAAGGGGUGAACGAUAAACAGAAGAGAAGCCAACCUUGGCGGUGUUUUAAAAUUGUAUCUGGUUUAAAUUUUGUAUAUGAAAUGGUUGUUGUUCGUGUUUUUUUUUUUUUUUUUUUUGUCGUUACUUUUUAAGAUGUCUUUUAAUUGGUAUAUUUAACCAGUUGUAGCUAUAAUUUUGUAUAACACUUCAGAUUUUUUGUUUUUCAUUUUUAUUCUUCAUCUAUGGACUGUGGAAUAUUGAAGGGCAGUGCAACCUUCAAAGAAUAUUUUAACUAAAAAAAAAAGCUAUUAAAAAGAUAUUUAUUUUUCAACUGAGACAACAGGAAAUACAAUUUGGGGGGAAAAAAAGUCAUUUUUAGAUUUAAAUUAGCUCUAGCCCAUUACUGAGGCAGAAAACAGUUUGUUGAGAAAAUAAAAUGUGAAUGUGCAUGCAAGCCAAUGCAUCCAUAAGCAUUUCCCGAUGGGAAAUUGUGGUCUACUUCAGAUAUUACAAACCCCAAAAAUGGCCAACCCCCACCCCCCCCCCACUCCCAAAAAUAUUGCUAUGCUUUUAUGUAUGGGGUCACAGGCAUUUUGUGACAUCAUUUCUGGCUUUUCAUUGUUAAUUCAUAUGGAAGUAUAUGUCCCAUUUUUAUAAUCCAAACUCUGCCUUAAAAUGUCGUAAUACAAGCAAGGGCAUAGCUGAUGCAUACUCUGGAAUAAAAAUAAAAAGGUAUAUUUAUAUUUUCCCAUGUUAAGUGCAUACGAGCUUCAGAAACAGAGUAGCAUUUGUAAGGGUCAACUGACCGACUAAUCGAGCACGUUUUGCACCGCGGAGUUGGCGUCUGCCAUGUUUUGGAAGCGGCUCGAACCCGUUCCAAUGCAGCUCUGCUCUGCGUGAAUGCCCCGGUGAUAUAUGGGUAAAAGAUGUGUGAUGAAGACUCUCCUGCAUUAGUUCCUCGUGGAAUCCCCUUCAGACCGACUCAGGCAAUCCCGCUGAGGUGUUCCAGCACAAACACAAUGAACCUGUGGAUCUCACUUCUUUUUGUAAUCAGUAUGUGCUGUACCAUUUCUCCCAGGCACUGAAUAAAUGAAUUUUGUCUUUCA